AAUUGGAUUUUGGGGAUGGGAAGGUCGCUGGGGCCUAUUGUCUCUUGACCAUUUGGAGCGGUUCAUUAUGCGUGAGGGUGAGGGAAAGUCUCCAUGUGACCAUUUCGGAGGGUUUUACAGCUGCUAAAAGAGCGCAACUCUCUCAUAGCGCGCUGCUCGCCCUUGCGCAUUAAUGUGCCGAGGGGUACCUGACCUGGACAUAAGAAAAGCCGGAUCACACACGUCACCGCGUCACUUGGCGGGCGGAUAUUAGUCUGUCCUCAUCUCAGACUCUCUCAUCUUAAUCAGUGCCUGCUUGGUCUUCCUGUUUCAGUUAGCUCAGCCCCACUCAGAGUCAGCCAUGCAAGCGACUCGGACACCCACAAUCAGUGUGUUCGCCGACUGCAGCAUCCCAGCCGGGCUUCGGAUAGGACCUGUCCCGGGUAUCUUCAAACUGGGGAAGUAUGUUUCGGACCGCAAGGAACUUGGAGUGAAAAAGAAGAUUCGUUUGGUGAGGGGAGAAUUCGUGGAUGAGUCUGGCAGUGCAGUUCCAGAUUGGAUUGGUUUAAUACGCGCAGCCAGGAACAGUCAAGAACAGAACCUCGAGGCAGUCUCGGAUUUACCUGGAGGACAGAUAUUCUACAGUGUUCUGAGAGAAAUACAGGCUGGAGAAGAACUGAGUGUUUGGUAUUCCAGUGCACUGGCGCAAUGGUUUGACAUUCCUACGACUGCAACUCCAACACAUGACGAAAAAGGUGAGGAGCGCUAUAUUUGCUGGUACUGCUGGAGAAUAUUCAAAUACCCGAACACCCUGAAAGCCCAUGUGCAUUUCCACUGUGCGUUAAGCAACAGUAGAAGUUUGGUAAACAACGAGCAAGCUAGAGGCACAGACAACUUUAACAGAUCUCCAAAAUCAGGGGACAUCCCAAAUACGUCCUCCUCUCCGCGGAACGGCCAAAGCACCUUUAUCCCAGACGCGGGGAAACGGGUCGCGUCCACCUCACCAUUCGCCAAUAAAGCGGGACUAUCGAAAAAACUGAGCGCAGAGGAGCAGGACAGAGCCCUUGACAUGAGCGUGACCUCCUCCAGAAACCCCGGACACAUCCUGGGCCUCGGCGGGACAUCUUCUGUGCUCCACAGCAUGGGUUUCCAUCCAGGCGUGCGCUCUGCCUUCAAACCAAUGGGACUUUCGAAGUUCUCCCGGGCCGAGGUCGCGAGAGACGAGCCUAAUGGGAAACCAAAUAGUGUCGGGUUUAGCAAACUACUUGGGAACAACGUUCUACUACCUAACGUUCACCCGUCAAAAUGCUCGCACCCCAUGGACAGCACACCUCCCGCGAUCCCCUGCGCAAACAGCAUCCGUGGCUUUCCUCUGCUGCCACAUUUUGAGGAAAACUCCGCUUUCAAGCACGUUGACAGUCGCAUGCACUCUGCCCUGUCCCCCCCGCGUUACUCCCAGCUACCGGCCGGGUUUCACUUCGAGAGGUUCUCCUUGCAACAGUUUGAUGGGGGGAAAUCCUACAAUGGGGACUGCAAUAUACCCCUAAUGCCAUUCACGGUUUACAAUGGAGAGCUCCUUUAUAGCUCCCCAUACUACCCUCUUAAAUUUCACUUUGGCAACCUGCUUAAAUACCCAGACUACUUUGGCGCACCAGCUCUGAAUCCAGAUCUAAACGCGAUUACGAACAUCGACAGGGAGAUAGCGAUGCACACACAACAGCUGUCUGAAAUCGCCGUAGAGAAGAACCGUUCACGACUGGAGUCUCUGCCCGCAUCUAACCCCAACUCGGGCAAGCCAAAAAAGGGACAUUUGUGUCUUUACUGUGGCAAAUUGUACUCUCGAAAAUACGGGCUGAAGAUUCACAUGAGGACUCAUACAGGCUACAAACCACUCAAAUGUAAAGUGUGUUUUAGGCCCUUUGGCGAUCCCAGCAAUCUCAACAAACACAUCAGACUGCACGCGGAGGGAAAUACGCCCUACAGGUGCGAGUUCUGCGGGAAGGUGCUCGUGCGCAGGCGGGAUUUGGAGAGGCACGUCAAAUCGAGGCAUCCAGGCCAAAGCAUCAAAAAAUCCGACGACAAAAUCGAAGGCAUGUUCGAGGAUGGCGAACAAAAAAGCGACAACGACAGCGACGUCGACGUUUGCUUCACAGAUGACCAGAGUGACCAGGAAUCGAGUAAACACAAUGAUUAAUGGACUAAUUUCUGGACACGUUGAAAUGGACUUUGCUCUUAAGUAGCUAAAUUAUGCAUGUACAUAAAUUAGUUAUGAAUUUGUUUGUUUAUUUUAUAAAAUCAGAAAACCUUGUGAAAGCAAAUGCUCCUCUAUAAUAAUUUUGUGAAGGAAACACUUAUCAAGUUAAUCUAAUAACAUGCUUAUUGGUAUUGAGGACAUCUCGGCACCCCCAAUGGAGCAGCACUUUAUAAAGACGGGUUAAUGCCAUAAAACGAGUUUGCGUUAUUUUGUUGUUAAAAUGAUCUGACCGUUUAAAUCAGAAUAGCACUUUUAUUACCAAAAGCAUUUAAUACAUUCUGUAAAAAAAAAAAAAAGAUCUUUGCAUUACAACGGGCACCUACCAAUACAAAUAAAGUGAUGUUUAAAAGAAAUACUGGCAUGUCUAUUUAGUCGUAAAGCAUUUGUAUAAAAACAAUAAAUAAAAGAAAAUAAAAAAUAAAAAGUGAAUAUUAUAACGUUCUUCAUUGUUGAGUGAUAAGAGUUGUAUCGUUUAUUAUUAAGAUAAUGAUAAUUAAUUUUAUAUAUUUUUCCCCAAACAAACGAAAAAAUGUUCACUGUCUGUUUUGAAUAAAAUGGGGAAAAUAUUGAAAAGGGUUUGAUCAAGAGUAUGAGGGUUUCAUAUAUAUAUUUUUUUACUGGGGGAUAUCUACGGCUGACCAUUUUUCUGUGGCUUCAAGCUCCCUGAAAAUAACUUAUGGUAUGGCAGGAAAUAAUAAUUGCUGACCAAAACACCCCAUAAUACUUUGAAGAUGUGCUUGAUUGUAUUUUAAGAUUAAAUAUAAAUUAAAAGGUGGAAGGCAUAAAAUGGUCAAGGUUAGACUGAUGCGAACUUGACGAGAAACAUAACCGUCUGCCUUAAUAUUUUUAUUAAUAGAGAAGACAUCCAGAAAAGGAUUCCUGGAUUUACUUACAGUAAACUGUUCUCUUUCUCAGACAGCAGUUUAGAUUAUUACAAUUACCUAUAGCGGUUAAUGCUUUUCAGCAACUCAAUUUAAUCUACAGUUCUUACAGUGUAAAAAUCGGAUAGAGCUCUAUUUCUUUCUGAUCUAACUUUUAAAAAUUAUUUCAUUAUUAAUGAGAUAUUACUUAAUGUAAU